AUGUCGACCAGCCGCAAAUUAAAGAGUCAUGGUAUGAAGAGGGGCAAGAACCGAUCUCCCCACAAAGGAGUCAAGAGAGGUAGGGGCAAAAGAAGAUACCGAAAAGGCAGCUUCAAGAGUAGAAAACGGGGUGAUGAUGCCACUCGUAGUCACCGCUCACACUUGUAA